CUCCGCUGGUACGAAGCAGCCAAGCAGCUGGGCUGGGACAUGCUCUGCCUGAUGCCGCACGACAUCGUAACCAACUCGUGGGUCGAAAACCAGCUUCGCAUUUGUUUCUGGCACGACUGGCUAGGCUCUGAGGGCAUCUCUAGCGGCUCCAUAAGCAAAAAAGCAACGCUGUCGAUUGAGGCAAAUGCGCCGGCGCCUGCGACACAGGUAGAGGAGAUGGAAGAC